CGGAGAGACGGGUCAGAGGAAAUGGCGGACGGUGUAGAUCACAUCGAUAUCUACGCCGACGUAGAGGAGGAAUUCAGCCAGGAAGCUGACUACCCAGUUCAUGAGCAGAUCGACCUUUAUGAUGACGUAAUUUCCCCAUCAGCCAACAAUGGUGAUGCUCCAGAAGACCGUGACUACCUGGACACACUGCCUUCACCUGGUGGCACUGAGGGAGGAAAGAGUGCUCCCCCAAAUGUGGUUUACACCUACACAGGCAAAAGAAUCGCCCUGUACAUAGGAAAUCUCACAUGGUGGACGACAGACGAAGACCUUACAGAAGCCAUACGAUCAAUAGGUAUCACAGAUGUGCUGGAGAUCAAGUUUUUUGAAAACAGAGCCAAUGGACAGUCAAAAGGGUUUGCACUGGUGUGUGUCGGCUCAGAGGGAUCAUCCAGGAAGCUAAUGGAGCUGCUGUCAAAGAGGGAGCUCCAUGGUCAGAAUCCCAUUGUCACACCAUGCAACAAACAGUCCCUCAGCCAGUUUGAGAUGCAGUCACGCAAAAGUGAGGAGUGCUCUGAAAAAAAGGUACCCAGUCAGGCCAGAUGUCUGGGGAAGGUAAAGCUGGUCCCCGGUGCUGGUUCUAGAGGAGGUUUUCCAAUGGGACGAGGCAGAGGAAGGUUUCCUGGACCUCCCGGCCAGGAGGAGACCGCUUCCCUGGACCUGUUGGUCCUGGAGGGCCGCCACCACAUUUUCCUGGCUCGGGGAUGGGACCAGAUCUGAUUAGGCACCAAGAUGGCCC